GGGCUUCAUUCAGAGCGCUGCAGCUCGAGGGAGGCGCUGGCGGCGCUGGACUCUCUCUGUCCGGGUGGAUUUUCGCUGAUAUGGACCGAGUUCGCUCAGCUCCCCUUCAUUCGCGCCGUUUAAAGCGGAUUCGAGAUGUGUUCUGAAGUCCGGGGUCACCCCAGCCUCGUGUUUGUGUCUCUGGUGGGAUAAGCUGAAGUUGGGCGCGUAGAGGGGGUCUCUUUGCUUGGAUCAGUCCAACCACCUGUUCAACGUGCCUGAAUGGAAACUAUGUCACCUCAGCAGCAAAUAAACAUCAGCCAGAGUCGCUCCUCGUCCCUGACGGAGGACGUCAAAAUGGAAAACAGACGGAGGAUAAAGGCCAUGUCUUACCGCAGACAGUCUGCUCCUUCCCUGGUCAUCAGCAAAGCACUGACCAGAUCCAGAACAAUGUCCAGGGAGAACUGCCUCUCUCCGGUCAGCCCAGAGACCUGCCUCCUUGUGCAGUCGUAUAUGGCCCCGUCACGGAUGUUUAUCUGUCAUGCCUAUGCCCAGCUGAAGACUGGCCUGCAGACACAGGAGAGACACCUGUUCCUCUUCACCGACAUCCUGCUCAUCAGCAAAGCCAAAUCUUCUACAAACUUCAAGCUGAAGGCACAAGCACGUGUUUGUGAAAUGUGGAUAGCGAACUGUAUGGAAGAAGUCUAUGAGGGAAGUUCCAGUCCUGAAAAAAGCUUUGUCAUGGGAUGGCCCACUUGCAACUGUGUGGCCACAUUCAGCUCAGUUGAACAGAAGGAGAAGUGGCUCUCCCUUAUGAAAAGUCGGAUAAAAGAAGAGAAAGAAAAAGAUCAUCCAAAAACAAUCCCUCUUAAAGUGUAUGCCAAAGACAUGGGGAACUUUUCCUAUAAAACCAUUGCUGUGAGUAACACUGACAGUGCCAAUGAAGUUACUCGUCUAGCUCUGCAACAGUUUGGCAUUGUGGGUUGUGUGAAAGACUACCAGCUGUGGGUGAGUUCCAGAAAAGACAACGCUCCUUACCCUCUCAUUGGACAUGAGUUUCCUUUCAGUAUACAGAUGAGCCAUAUUCGAGAGCCAUUGGGUCAAACAGGUGACAAGAGUGAUGCAGUUAGUCCGCCUGACAUAGAUGUGGAGCUUCUCUUCGAUCAGUUACAGUCAGACAGUCAGUGCCAAUUCAUCCUGAAACCAAGCAGAGUGGCUGUGGGCCACUCCUUUGUGGUUGAUCCAGACCAGAAGCCGUUCAAGAGACGGCGCUCACUCAUCAACUGGGCUUUUUGGCGUGGCUCUACCACUCAGCUCGAUGACUCAUCUCCAUCACCGUUUCUUCCCACCACUGGUAGGCUCUUUGGCCUGCCGCUCAGUGUUGUGUGCAUGGAAAACAGCCUUCCCAAGCCCAUCAUGGACAUGUUGCUGUUUCUGUUCCAAGAGGGGCCGUUCACAAGGGGAAUCUUCCGGCGCUCUGCCGGGGCCAAGGCCUGCAGGGAGUUGAGAGACAUACUGGACUCUGGAAUCCAGGACAUUCAGCUGACCCGUCAAUCCAUCUUUGUGAUUGCUGCUGUCUUCAAGGACUUCCUGCGGAGCAUUCCAGGCAGCCUGUUACUGUCAGAGUUCUAUGAGAAGUGGAUGGCCACCAUGGAUAUGUCUGAUGAAGCAGAUGGCAACCAGUUGAAGGCCAUUCAAAGUUUGGUGGUGUCUCUACCCCCUGAGAAUAUCCUGCUUCUAAAGCAUGUUUUGGCAGUGCUGUAUAGCAUCCAGCUCCGUGCCCAAGAGAACCAGAUGAAUGCCUUCAACCUUGCCGUUUGCAUUGCUCCCAGCAUGCUCUCUUCUCCUGCACCCAGCAGCCCAGAGAUGGAGGGAGAAGGAGCCAAAAAGGGCUGUGACUUGACACGGUUAAUGAUUGAAAAUUGCAAGGCAGUAAUGGGAGAAGAUGUGACCACACUGUUUGAUGGGUUUCCUCAAAGAUGCAGUGUAGAUGGUCAUGGUUCAGAUGUGUCCUCUUACCAGAUGACAGACUCUUCAUAUGACAGUCUUGAGAAUGAACUGAAUGAUGACUCUGGAUCACCCUUCCAGCCCAUGCAGAGGUCACGAGGGAAGCCAGACAGUCGCAGCUGUGACUCAGUGCUCACCCUCAGUGACUGUGAUCUGGACCAACCUGAAACUGACCCAGACAAUACCCUUUCCACUCACCUCUUGCUUCCCCCACUAACCCAUACUGUAAAAACUAGCCCAGCAGUGAGCCCAUCCUCUCCUCGCCCCCAUUCCCCAUGUGAGAUACCUGCAUUGUCACAGGGAAUUCGUCAGCUGAGGCGUUGUUCCGAGCCUGCCAUCUGGAAUGCAACCUCAUCUUUGAGCAAAUACCUGGAACGUAGAGGCAACCGAAAGGGCAGCUAUGAUGGUGCAACAAGCCAAGGCAAAAGCGAUGCAGAUGAGAUGUUUGCCAAACAUUUGAAAAAUUUGAGGUUGGAGAAGCAGGACAGCUCCGGUGAGAGGGAUCAGAGUGAAAGGGUUGUCCCCCGACGACGAAAAGAGCAACUUAAACCUCCACCUCUGCAUCUAGACACCAGUUGCUCAAGUCUUUAUUCUCCUGGGGCUUCCCCAACACGAUCUUCAAUGAGCUCCCUGGAUAGCGCAUUCUCUCAGCACUCAGCCGACUUUGCCAGACCAUGUACCCAACCUGUAGGUAGCUUCAAGGCAACAGUGAGUUCUUCUCCUCGAUCUCCUGGCAUUGUGUCCACACCUUCACCUGGCCCAACAGUUCCUUCUCCAAAGGAAUCUCCACCUAAGGAGAAAUUUGAUUGGAGUCAACUGAGAAGUAGUCAUGGGCUACACCCAAACACGUGGCUCAAGAAAGACCACAGACUGUCCUUGUCAAAGGACAGAAUUGGCCUGGAAGAUGAGGAAACUGGCGAUCCACAUCUCCAAUCUGAGGUUUCCUCCAAGAUGGGCCACAGUAAGGACAAGAGAGGUCAAGAGUUGAGCAUUUCAACUUCUAUGAAAGAAUCUAACAGCCCUCCUUCCUAUGAAGAAGCCAUGCUCCAGACACAGCACAGCAGGUCAGUUUAUUACCCUGCCUCUGAGAAACCAUUGACAGUCAAAGAUCUGAGAGAGCUUCACAACCAGGCUUGCUCUGUGCGCAAGACAGCAAGGUGUAUUCAAAAAAGCACAUAUAACCCGACAGCAGGUGAGAACAGCAACCUGCCAAAGUCAUUGUUCUAUGGGCAGAGUGGUCGAUGUUUGGCAGUGCACAGACAGAAAUCAUACUCCCUCAUUCCUGUCGAAGAAAAGUCUGAUGGAUGUCAUCCCAGUCAGCGACGAGCAUCUGAACCUGGAGCGACUUGCCUGGGGUUGGACAGGGAAGCUGCAAAGAAUCUGGAGCAUCUCCAUAGGCAGGCUAUAAGAAGACAAGAUGGAAGUUCCCUCUCUCACCCUCAUGGACUCAAGGUGUCUGAUGUGGAGCCAUAUGACCAGGCUAGUGAACCCCAGUUUUGCUUGUCCCCUGCUGCAACAAAGGCUGUAAGGGACUAUUUCUCUUUCCAUGGAGGUGAAGACACCCAAAGUAAUCUAAAGAAGAGUCAGGAAGUGGCACUGGCUGUUGUCCAUGGCAAACGGGAAUGGAUGAGGAGGUGCAGUGACCCACGGCUGGAGGACUUUGAAAAAAUGCUUUUUGCAGAAGAGUCUUACGUUUAAGUGACUGGCCGUUUCCCAGAUUCAGUCCCAGAGUGUUUCUCCCUGCUUCAACCACACCUGAAUUCAUCUGUUAAUUAUGGAUUGUAUUUGGUGUGUUGAACUAAUUAAAAGGUUCUUGAUGAUCAGGAAAUCACAGAAUAUGCUAGGUACUCCAGGACUGUGGAAUUAGGGAAAUACUGCUGUAAAUAUUAUGAUUGGAAGCAGGUGUGGUCUGGUGUAUACGUACUCUGCCAUGUCCUUGUAAAUAUAAAUGUAAUUCUUUUCAUCAUCUUAUUUGUAAUUGAGGACAUUCCAGUCUUUAAAGGCAACUGUGAUUACUUGCUGCACUUCUUAUAAGCUUCUUGAUUAUCAUAAUCAUCAAUCCAAUCAAAUGUAUCAAACGCAAUGCUACAUUAGACUAGGUGUUUGCAUUAACUUACUGAUUAAAUAACAAAAAGCUGUGGUAAGUAAAAUAAAAAUAUAGACUGAACAUAAACAUAGACAUUGAUGUUUAUGAUAGAUUAUGAUAUUUAUGUUUCCAAAACCACUUGGAUCCUUAAUUGAUACUCUGUUUUCAGUAGAUUUGCAGCGUAAGUAUAGAUGUAGUAUAGAUCCAUUCAUACUGUUACAUCGAAACAAAACUGGUUUUAGAAUGGUUAGUUUUAGUAGAUUAAAAGGAUUAAUAUAAUGCUUGGUGUUACAAACCAUUACAGUGUGUAGAUAUGUAAUUAGUUCUUUGUUUUCUCGUGCAAUUUUUGUGACCACUAAGGUUUCCUGCAUUAUUAAAAGAACAGUUUGGUGAGAAAACACAUUUACAUGAUUUUCUACUUACUCUAAAUGCAGUCAACCCACCAAGACAUGAUUGGUGUCCAAAUUUUGCCCCUUUAGAGCUGGAGUUGCUAAGCUAAUGUUAUCUAACAUUGGAAAUCAAUAAUCACCCAAACUAUUGCUGUCAGUACAUGCCCCACACUGCUCUCACUCAGGUUAUAACCACAUCCAGGUUGUAAUUCUGGUUGCACAGGUAAGUUCUUGUGGUUUAGAAUACAGUGUGACUCAUUAUGAACUUAUCUGAAGGCGGAAUAGUACCAGAAAGUAGGAUGCUAUACAGAAGACAGUGUAUUUAAGAUUAAGUGACCCUUAUUAGUCCCACAACGGGGAAAUUUCACCUCCGCAUUUAACCCAUCUGGGCAGUGAAAUACCACAUACACACACUAUGAGCACACACACUAGGGGGCAGUGA